UUGGCAACGUUCCGUACAUGCCUUCGUUGUAGCUACAACCAGAUAUUUACGCGGCAUCUUGGUUUUUUGAAUUUCGAACGAUCUACAUACAGAGUGAUGUGAGAUUAUAAACUUCUGGUUACAGAUGACAUAGUGGUUGAAAAUUAAAAAAAAAUAUUUGACGUUUCUGAAUUGGUUCAUUGUUUUGGGAAAUUUUUGCGUUCUGUUUAUGGAUUUUUGAACGUUGUGAGGGUGGAGGUCACCCUUUACAGGUUUAAAAUAGUCAUGUCCCGCUCCCUCCACGUGAACACAAACAAUAAAGCGAACACAUAGAAAAUACAGCAUUUCAAAAUGUGAUAAAAGAUUGAUUGUCAUAAAAUAAUCAAACAAAAUGUUUUACUAUAGACUUAAAGUUACUAGUAGGUGUGUUAAACCAUUGUUCUUACUGUUACGGACUUGGUUAUGUGUGUGUGUCGUGUUUGGGAUUAUGGAAACGUGCUGCGGGUUCGUUGAGCAGAAAUUCGCGAUGGAACCCCAAGAUCAGACCGCUGUUGUUGGGUCAAGAGUAACAUUGCCAUGCCGAGUGGAAAAUAAGGCAGGUCAAUUACAGUGGACGAAAGACGACUUCGGUCUUGGUUUACAUAGAGAACUCAGCGGUUACGACCGGUAUAAAAUGAUCGGAAGUGACGAAGAAGGGGAUUAUUCUUUAGAUAUUCGAGACGUUACUUUAGAAGACGACGCAAAAUAUCAGUGCCAAGUCAGCUCUGGUUCGAGAGGUGAGCCUGCAAUUAGGUCACGGUACGCCCGCCUAACAGUUCUAGUACCGCCAGAACCACCAAAAAUACUGCAAGGCAAUUUCUACUCUACUAACGAAGACAGACUGAUUACAUUGGAAUGUGUGUCCGUCGGUGGAAAACCACCUGCGGAGAUCACGUGGGUGGACAGCAACGCUGGUGUCUUAACUCAGGGUGUUACUUAUACUGUGGAGCCUUUGUCUGACGGACAAAGAUUUACUGCCAGGUCUGUCAUUAAAAUGUCACCCAAAGAAGAGCAUCAUAACCAGACAUUCAUUUGUCAGGCACAAAAUACAGCAGACAGGGCUUACAGAGCUGCGAGUAUUCAAAUAGAGGUAAAAUACGCCCCUAAAGUGAAGAUUGUUAUAAAUUCUGACAAACGAAUACCCGAGGGACAUGACGCUGUUAUAAGUUGUAAAGCGGAGGCAAAUCCCAACAACUUGACUUACAGAUGGAUUAUGAACGAGUCAAUAGUUGGAAAUGCUUCAGAGCUGAAAAUUAACAACAUAACAAGAGCAUACAAUGGAGCCGUAUUAAAAUGCAUAGUUUUCAACGAAGUCGGAAAAAGCGAGGAAACUGAAGUACUUCAAAUCACUUAUCCUCCAUCUUUCCGGAAUCGCCCGAGAGACGUGGAUGCUGAAAUAGGAAAACAGGUUACGUUGAACUGUGAUGUAGAUGGAUACCCAGCUCCAGAGAUUAUAUGGCUGCAUUACGAAGAAGAUACUAAUAUUCGUGUGGGUAAAACACCAAAUUUAACGCUGUUAGUGGACACGCAUACAACUGGCCGAUAUAUGUGUAAAGCAAGUAUUGAAGGAUAUCCGGAAAUUGAGGCUGAAGCUUCAAUUUUUAUUAAAGGUCCACCUAAAAUAAUUUCAAACCACACACAGUUCGGGUCUCAAGGUGACACGGUUAAUAUUGAAUGUGCUGCAUUCGCAGUUCCUAGAAUUGACUCUAUUGUGUGGACGUUCGAAGGAAAAGAAAUUGACUCAUUACACGACCAGGAUUACGCGUUCUUUGAAGACCUACAGGAUGGAGGCAUUGUAAACUCAACGUUGAUCAUACGGGAUAGUCAAUCAAAACAUUUCGGUGUUUAUAAAUGCAAUGUCUCAAACGAUUACGGAAGCGACACGCUACAAAUCGUUUUGAGGCCAAACAAAACAUUCCCCUUGCUGUUGAUAUUAUUCGGGGUGACGUCUGGGACAAUAAUGGUCGCGGCGCUUGUGAUGCUAGUAAUUUUAUGUCAAAGGAAACAAAGGAAGAACAAACAGACGCAAGUUACAGAGAAACCAGACGUAACGGUCACAGCCGAGGAGCUUUUUAAAGAAAACGAUAGGACUUCGAACAUUAGUGAUCUAAAAUUGGAACUCAGACAAGCUAACGGCAGCUGUGAAAUUGAUUAUUCAAAUACGGGAUCAGAUAGCACUCUAUGCUCAAAUGCUAAAUUAGGCAGCGGUAUACCAUUAGCAGGUUCGGUCCCACUAACGACGAUAAAUCAAAAUUCCUACCAGCCAUAUAGAUACAGUAAUGAUUAUACUGAUCCCGCAUAUGCUGACUGUUAUAAGGUAAAUGGUUUUACGAACGGUUACCAGACUUAUGUUCAUUAUGGGCACGAUUACACUCCUGGUUCGCUUCGGGUACAGUCACCAACAUUAGGCAGCGACAAACUGACCCCAAAUAGAUCCAUUAACGGCAGUCUACCAAGAAGCGUGGACACACCGUCUUCAGCUCAGUACAAUACAAGCAAUGGAUCUCAGAGCAAUUCCUUACAACGAUCAACGAAAAGAAACGAAAGUAACACAGCUUUGAAUAAUUUAGCCAACGACGGUCGAAUGCCAAAUGGCAUAAUUCAAGGGGUGGAUGUAAGAUACGCUGCUACAUACGGGAAUCCUCAUCUACGCACUGGUCUCACAGUUCACACAGCAAAACCAGCGUCGACUCCGGCUCCGCCACCAUAUUCGUCUGUGAGAAACUCUGUGGUACUACCAUCAGGUCCAUCAUUGCAUUCAAUAACAUCACCCACAAGUCUAACAUCACCCCAAUGUGCCACAAGCCCAGUAACUAAUUCUACGAUGUCUACGGACAGCGCACAACCGGGCGUGACAACGUCAGCCACUCCUCAAUCGCCUAGCUCGCAUUACAUACUCGCUCCUUCCAAUCGAACCUUGGCCAAUACAAGCGUUACUAAGAAAGGUAACGCCCACCAAACGCCAUUAGCAACACACGUGUAGACUUUAAAAAUUGUUUGUGUACUUUUAGUGACCAAGUGUUAUAGAGUGAAAUAAACCUAAAUAAGAUGAACAUCUUUGUACGAGUAUUCGAUUUCUUAUAGCUCUAAUAUUAUUACGUUAACAUUAAUAUAUUUUUUUCAAUGUUUUAAAUUUAUUAAUUCUGUAUUAAUAUUAUGAUUAAAUAAUUAUUGGAUUACAAUAUAAUGCUUAAACAAAAAAAAAAAACUAAUCAACAAUCUUUAAUCAAUAACGAAUAUUUUGAGAAUUUAUAGUUUUAUUAUUUUAUAUGGGCUCUGUUUUUUUUUCGUUGAGGACAAUACUUUCUUCAUAUAUAUGUAUAUUCAUAUAAAUUUUCGCUUAGUGUUAAUUAUCGUCAAUUUAGCAUCAUCCCAUUAAGACUGGUCUAUGCUAUGGGUAAAACUAUUAGCCUAAUUUCUAUUAUAGGUGCAUUAAACGAUUAUUCAUAUCUCACUACAGCCAUUAUAAUGGCUUCGUAGUUUCUACAUCGGUUUACUAGAAUUUUAAAGAAUUUUCCUCUAACUUUUUUAUUAUUGCAAUUUCUAAUUGAGUUCAAAAAAUAAUAUUAUUUUAUAAUUCAAUACAAUUAGAUAGGAAUCGGUAUAGACAACAAUAUUUUUCUAUGUUUUCAAUGAAAUAUUAUUAAAGUUUUUUUUUAAAUCGAGUAUUAUUUACGUUAAGAUAUAUUAUAAUAUUCAUAUUGUUUGUUGAAUUAAUGAAAUAAUAAACUGUGUUUUAAUUUCGUAAAUAGCUUUAAACCUCGAUUAAUUUUUGUGCCAUUAGUCUACAUAUCAAAAGUAUAUUAUCAAUUGAUUUAGACAUACAUGUUACAAUUUUAUUUAGAUUAUAAAAUACGAGCAAUUCUAUUGGAAGUUAAUAAAUAAAUCGAAGCCCCUUUGCUCGUUAUUAAUAAAAUUAAUAAAAUUUGUUUCUAUCUAAAUUGAUUGAUAAUUUUCAUAUCUUCCAUCAUCAUACUAGGUACAAAUUAUGUUUCUACAUAAUAUAAAUGAGAUUGUUAUAUCAAUUAACUAACAGUAGCUAAUCUUACGCUCAAUAAAUAUAGAUAUUUCUUUUGUAUUCUUCGAUCUAAGACUGAUUAGACUAACAUCCAACACGGACGUCGCAAACAUUGAUUCCAAUUAUAGAGUUCUAACUCUGGAAUUUAUUUCAUGGUUAAGAAUCAAAAGUCCUUUAUAAUUGAGUUUUAUCAUAGGAGACGAAAGUCGAAACCUCUUAACAUUCUAUGGAUUCACCGUGUGGGUGCCGGGUUCAUCGCAUUGCAGGGAGAGGAGCUUCAACAGUGCCUGGGACUUGCGAUCUAGGUUUAGAUUAAAGGGGCUCACCUUCGCCGUCCAAGCUCCUCUCUCUACCUACCCAAAAUUUGAAAAGAACCUACUAGGGCUGCCAUUAAAGUACGUUCCAAGAAUGAAUUGACAUUAGUUCUGGACAGGCCCAAGUCUUUUAGUAGUUUGUAGAGAGAUUUAGCCGUUAUACCUCUCGCCUCCAUUUCUACCGCGUACAAAUCCACGAAGAACCUAUUUCUAGUGACUUCUUUAGUGAGCUCGUAAUCAUUAUUGACCUUAAUGGUAUAGCCUUUAGGAAUGUUCGUUUCCCAAGCAAUCGUAAGCUCUGUUAUCACGCUUUAAAAUCGCGAAUACAUAAAUAUGUCUGGUCUUGAAGCCAAAGAAGAAAUAACCUCUAGGAUUUUGUAUUGUUUAUCAGACGUAUCCAUCAUUAUAGUCCGAUCCGAAGCCGCUUUAAGGAUUGAGUAAGGCUUGACGUUUGAUUUUAUGGCCCUAGUACUUACUUUCACAAAACCUACUGAUCGCUCGUUUGUGAUUAUUUCUCUUUGCGCUCUGGCUACCGCUUAUUGAAGUCUUGACUCUUGUCAAAUCUUGAGUUGAAGUCUUGACUCUUGGUCUGAGCUCUGGGCUAUCUUUGACAUUUGGAAGCGAUGUACCUACGUCAUCAUGGGAUUUUCCCAAGAUAUGACUCUUGGAAACUCUCAGGUAUUUAUAGAGCUCCGAUUGCCUUUUAAGACUCAUCCCAAAACUUUCGAUCCCUGAAUAAAGCUGAUAAAUCAGCCGUUAGUUCGAGCCCGAUCAACUUCAGUAUCUUUAUGACACCUGGAUCUAAUUUUGAAAAGGGUUUUAUUAAAAUCAUAGACGAGGAAAGGCCAAUUUAAACGUGAAGUAAGGUAAUUGUCGUAUAUCCAAGCUUUUUUGACGUCACUGAUCUGUUGGCUAUCUACCUUGUUAAGAUCGUUUAAAAACCUUCCUACUAUUCCAUCUAAAGAUCUAUCUUUACGACGACCUAUAUUAUCAAUCUUACGAACGUGAAAUUUAAAUGGUGCAUUUUCGGAACCGUAGAAACGCAUUGAACGCCUAACGAUAAUCCCGAUUCCUAUUAGGUAUAUUCCGCCUACCAACACAGACAGUGACAUUUAUUUGGUUUUGUCCUCAAUCCCUCCGUCCACUCACAGAAUUUAUCCACUUCAUCCUAUAGUACUUGACAGUAUUCGGGGUUAAGUAUCAGUAUUGCGAGAUCGUCAGUGAAGGCUAAAAAUGGAUUCUGUAUAUUUAUUGUUAAACUUGAACCGAUACCCCCAUUUUUCUCCUUGCUGAUCAGUUUAUCUACUAAGAUAUUAAUAACAAUAUUAAAUACUAUUGAAGAUAAACAGCAACCUUGAAAUAGUCCUACAUUGUAACUCAAAGUUUUUGAAGGGCCUUCUUUAGUUGUUAUAGAAAACUUGAAUUUUGAGUAAUAUGACGCGAUCAUAUCACUAACUAGGAGUGGAAAGUUGUACCAUCUUAGCGCGAAUAGCAUUAAUUUAUAUUGUAUCGACCUGAACGCAUUCAGAACGCGUUAAGUCUAUUCAACAAACUGUAAUUUGCCUCUCGCUUUUCCUAACAUUUUUUAACUCUUCGACAGCAAAGUGUUGUGUUCUAGGCAUCCAGACAUUCCGGGUAAAAACCCUUUCUGGUGAUUUGGCCUAAAAUACCUGUUGCUGAGCAUGAGUUGGGUCAUUCUCGUUCGAAGAACGGAGAAAAAGAGUUUAGAUAUAGUAUUUGUUAAGGUUAUCGGUCUUGUAUUUUUCGGAUCAGUGACUCGAUUUUUUUUUUUUUGGGAAUAAGGACAAAAAACGCUUUCCCGAAGCACGUCUCCGGAAUUUGUUUCUUUGACCACAUUUUAUCGUGUAUAUUUAUGAGAUGUUUAGGAACCGAUGAACAUUUUUUAAAGACUAUAUAUUAUAUAAUAUUAUAUAUUAAAAUAUAUUAUGUGUAAAAAAUGUCAACAAAUCUUAUACAUAUACUUUCCAUCGUCUUAUAAGUUCAGGUAAAAACUAAACUUUAUCAUAUAGCCCUCAGUAAAAGGAAUUCCCUGUCGUAAUAAUAUUUUCUUAUAACGUAGCUACCUGCUUCUGUUUUAUUAUCAAUAAAUUUUAUUAGCUGUAAAGCUUCAUAUAUGAACUAUGACGUCACUGGCUUUAUAACACAAGCUAGUUAAGAUAGAUGGGAUUGACUGGAGUGCAUAAAAACGAUUUUAAACUGUAUUCCCUUGAUAUAAGUUUGAUUCUUUAAUGCAGCAAUGUUUUAUAGUGCAUAAAAGAUGGUAACCCAUUGUAGAUUGUGUUGGAAAGUUUUUAAUAUAGAUAAUUUAUUGAAGCAAGUUAAAAUAUCAAAUGAUUCGUACGAGUAAAUGCUGGGAAAAUCAAUUCAGGUUUUUGGGUCAUAAAUGAACAAUUGAUACCUUACAAUGUUACUAAUUAAUCAUCAAAAUAAAGGUAUAAAGAAGUUCAAUUAUUUUAAAAGUAAGCAUGGUUCAAAGUUGUGUUAUGAAACUAACAGUUAACUAAAUGAAAUUGGUAUUCUGAAAGUAAGUCUAAGACAUCUUUAAUUUUAAAAAUAAUAUAUGGAUAUGAAGCUAAUUAUAAAGGACUUUUGAUUAGUCUUGUAUUUAACACUUGUUUAUUUUCUUUCAAAGACAUUUUUAUAAUUUCAUUAUAAUUUUAAAUUUUACUAUUGAGUGACAAACCAUACUACAUUUAAGUCGUUAACUACUUUUAACUAUUUCUCGUUAAUAGGUGAAAUGAAAUUACGUAACUAGUUAGUUAAUUUUCUACGUAAUGUUGAAUAAAAACGAACUCAAUUCGAAAAUGGCCUAGAUUUUUAGAUAAAAAUAUAAAAACAAUAUCAUUACUAUGCUUAGAAUCGUUUCAGCCGUCUCUUUACUAAUUUAUAAGUAUAUAUUAAAACUCGCUAUUCGUGAUUUCUUAUAAAAAUCAUAAUUUAUUUAAAAUAUAUUUAACAUAGUUCACUAUGAUAUAAUUUUAAGAUCGCAAAUCAUAAGUUAAACUUCUUAUACAAAUUAUACAGUCAAAUUAUGUAGAGUUAAAAAUCACAUAAAUCUGUCAAUUAUAAAAAAAAAAAGAUCAAGGAAUCACAGAAUUGAGUUUUUCAUUAGCUAAGAGAAUUGUAAAUAAAAAAAAUUGCUUAUACACUUGCGAUAAUCUUUAUAGGGUAAUAUAAUGUUCUUGAAUAGAAUAUGAAUACAUAUACCUUUUUAAAUUUCUAAGAAGGUAAAGAUACAGCAAUUUAUGAAAAGAUUUUGUCGAUUGGUGUAUUUUUAUAACAUUACUAUUAGUACUACUGAGUAUGAAAUGGUCAUUUACAGCGUGUCUUUUUAUGUAUAUUCUUAGUGCAAGUUAUAUUUUUAAAUUACUUUAAAAUAUAAAUGUUUUGCUGUAAAUGAAAAUUUUAUGCGGUGUAUAUUAUUUUUUCUGUGAUACAUAGAAUAAAAUGUGUGAUUCUUUUUUUGUUUUGUAAAUAAUGUCUGCUAAUGUGUAUAAAAUAAUGUAAAGCUUUCAAUUUUGGUAAAUAGAUGAUAGAUUAACGCGUUUUUGUGGAGUGAGAUACUUAAUAGAAUGAGCAAAUGUUAUGAGACAAAUGAAAAAAAAAAUGUAAGUUAGAAAAUUGUACAAAUUACUUUUCUAAAUAAAAUGAAACUUUGGCCUAUGUA